CUUAGUUUAAAAAUGAAAUACAACCAAUGAAACGCUUACCUGCACAUGCAAAUUAAUUAAUUGGAUUGUGGGAUAAUUAGAUUGGCGUGGUUUACGUCAAAUAUGACCCACGACGCUAAACAGUCGUAUUUCUCGAAGAUGACGUCACUGAUGUGGUGGUCGCUUUUAGUGAGUUUAUUAGCAUACAGAAACACGUCUGCAAAUGAGCUUCCUUCAGAGAUGAACGUGAAGGGGAACGCUUGUAAUAUAACCGGUGCAUGGCGCAAUGAACUGGGUUCCACGCUCCGUGUGAAAGUGGAAGGAUCGCAGAUCACUGGAGUUUAUGAGACCGCGGUGGAGUCCACGCGUGGGGCAGCGGGCCGUGAAAGCAAAGCUAAAAUCAUCGGAGUAGUUGGUGAAGGGCCUCAACCUACCGUUUCAUUUGCCGUGAUGUGGGAGAAAGGCUCAUGUUCUGCUUGGGUUGGUCAGUGCUUCAUUUUACCUGGUGAUGUGCGAGUACUGAAAACCUUCUGGCUGUUACGCAGCGCGGCUGACAACUUAUCAGGCGACUGGGGAAGUACCAGGUUGGGAGAAGAUCUGUUCUUCAUGAUUUGAAUUUUAAAUAAGAACUUUGUAAUAAAUCCCAUUUAAAUGACUUGAUGAUGUUGAAUUUUCAGUAAUCUUGUGCAUUUAACCCUACUGAAACAUUAAAAGUACAAAAAUCCCCUGUGUAAUAAAAGGCAGAACUUUUGUGUGGUUUAAAU